CGGAGCGCUGCGCAGCUCAUUCCCGCAGAACGCGACGGAGGGAAAGACUUGGGUAGCCCCAAAAAGGACCUGUAAAGGCAGAUUUGAAUCGAAAUCUUGUAAACAGCUUUUCACAAGAAAGGUGGCCUGUUGAGGGAGGUCUCGAACUUGUUUGCGUGAAAGAAAUUGAUGAAAGAAUUACUUCAAGUACAAAAAAGCAAAGAUAAACCCUUGUACCUUUUGCAUAAUGAACUAACUAGAAUGGAUUUUACAAAGAGAAAUUUAGCUUAAAAUCCCGAAACCAGGCCGGGCGCGGGGCCUCACGCCUGUGAUCCCAGCACUUUGGGAGGCCGAGGCGGGCAGAUCCCCUGAGGUCAAGAGUUCAAGACCAGCCCGGCCAACAUGGUGAAACCCCGUGUCUACUAAAAAAGUACAAAAAAUAUUAGCCGGGCGUGAUGGCGCGCGCCGGUAGUCGCAGCUACUCGGGGAGCCUGAGGCAGGAGAAUCGCUUGAACCCGGGAGGCAGAGGCAGUAGUAAGCCGAAAUCGCGCCACUGCACUCCAGCCUGGACGACAGAGCGAGACUCCAUCUCAAACAACAACAACAACGAAAGAACACACUGGUCUGUGUAGCAAGACAGGGAGAAAGAAGAUUCGUGUGUAGAAGUGAAAAGCAGAUAGCAGACAUGUGAUGGGGUUCUAGCGACACUUAUGGUCUUGAAGUAAAUACUAAUUGAGCUCUUAAAAAUGUGCACUCUGCCAUGUGCUCUAUGCCAUGUGUGUUGCAAUCCCCAAAAUAAGACUGUGAGGUGGACACUUUCAUCAUCUCUAUUGUACAGAUGAGGAAAUAGGCUGGAAAAGUUUAAAUAGAUCAUCUAAGAUUGCUGCUGGGAACUAGGUGGCUGACUCUGGAGUCCAUGCUUCUAAGGCUGUGUUGUACCUGCUGUCUCCCUAGUGACCUGCGCUUCUGUAGAGGUUGCCUGCUCUCUCCCAGACACUCUCCCACGUGCGUCACUCAUACAUUCUUACCACAUCACUUGGAGCUCCCUUGGAGCUACCUACUGUUAGGAUCAUAGCUCACUGCUGCCUGGGCUCCAGUGAUUCUCCUGCCUCAGCCUGCCGAGUAGCCCACACGUGUAAUCCCAGCACUUUGGGAGGCCCAGGCAGGAGGAUCACUUGAGCUCAGGAGGUCAAGUCCAGCCUGGGCAACAUGGUGAGAUUCCAUCUCUAAAUAAAAGUAAAAAGUAGUUUUUUUAAAAAAGAAAUGUGAUCCCCAGUGUUGGAGAUGGGGCCCACAGGAGGUAUUGGGUCAUGGGGGUAGAUCCCUCAUGAAUGACUUGGUGCCCUCCCCUCAGUAAUGAGUAAGUUCUCACUCUGCUGGUUCAUUUGAGAGCUGGUUGUUUAAAAAGAGCCUAGCACCUUUUUUGCUUGCUCUCUCGCCACGCAACACACCUGCUCCCCCUUCACCUUACACCAUGAUGGGAAGCUUCCUGCGGCCUCACCAGAAGCAGAUGCUGGCACUAUGCUUCUUGUACAACCUGCAAAACCAUGAGCUACAUAAACGUUUUUUCUUUAUAAAUUACCAAACACAGGUAUUCCUUUAUAGCAGUGCACAAUGAACUAAUACAGAUGGGGUUUCACUUUGUUGCCCAGGCUGGUCUUCAACUCCUGACCUCAAGCAAUCCUCCCACCUCAGCCUCCCGAGCGCUUCUUGAACCUCCUAAUACUCUGCACAGUAUCUCAGUGCAGACAUUCCUGUCUUGACACACAGGACCAGUCAAAUUCCCGUGGGCAGCCCCAGGGUUCUGUGAGAUUUCUUGAACACCAACUCUUCUUCCUUCUCCCAAGAAAGAAAAGCAAAAUAAGUGAAUGGAAGGGAUGUGUGCUAUAGGGAAACUUUGGAGUGUUUUCUAAUUCGUCCAAGAAAGUCAGCCCUUCAGUUCUUUACCUAUCACAGAACAGUGGCUGCUGAAACAAAAAUCUCAGGCCCCAGAAAAGCCUCUUGUCAUCUCUCAGAUGGGUUCCAAAAAGAAGCCCAAAAUUAUUCAGCAAAACAAAAAAGAGACCUCGCCUCAAGUGAAGGGAGAGGAGAUGCCGGCAGGAAAAGACCAGGAGGCCAGCAGGGGCUCUGUUCCUUCAGGUUCCAAGAUGGACAGGAAGGCGCCAGUACCUCGCACCAAGGCCAGUGGAGCAGAGCACAAUAAGAAAGGAACCAAGGAAAGGACAAAUGGUGACAUUGUUCCAGAACGAGGGGACAUCGAGCAUAAGAAGCGGAAAGCUAAGGAGGCAGCCCCGGCCCCACCCACCGAGGAAGACAUCUGGUUUGACGACGUGGACCCAGCGGAUAUCGAAGCUGCCAUAGGUCCAGAGGCGGCCAAGAUAGCGAGGAAACAGUUGGGUCAGAGCGAGGGCAGCGUCAGCCUCAGCCUCGUGAAAGAGCAUGCCUUCGGCGGCCUGACAAGAGCCUUAGCCUUGGACUGUGAGAUGGUGGGCGUGGGCCCUAAGGGGGAGGAGAGCGUGGCCGCCCGUGUGUCCAUCGUGAACCAGUAUGGGAAGUGCGUUUAUGACAAGUACGUCAAACCAACCGAGCCCGUGACGGACUAUAGGACAGCGGUCAGUGGGAUUCGGCCUGAGAACCUCAAGCAGGGAGAAGAGCUUGAAGUUGUUCAGAAGGAAGUGGCAGAGAUGCUGAAGGGCAGAAUUCUAGUGGGGCACGCUCUGCAUAAUGACCUAAAGGUACUGUUUCUUGAUCAUCCAAAAAAGAAGAUUCGGGACACACAGAAAUAUAAACCUUUCAAGAGUCAAGUAAAGAGUGGAAGGCCGUCUCUGAGACUACUUUCAGAGAAGAUCCUUGGGCUCCAGGUCCAGCAGGCGGAGCACUGUUCAAUUCAGGAUGCCCAGGCAGCAAUGAGGCUGUACGUCAUGGUGAAGAAGGAGUGGGAGAGCAUGGCCCGAGACAGACGCCCCCUGCUGACCGCUCCAGACCACUGCAGUGACGACGCCUAGCAGUCCUGCCCUGCUGCUGCUGCCGCCCCGCUACAGAGGCAAUGUGACCAGUCACAGGGACAGAUCACAUCUCCCCAGAGUGGCAACUCUGGUGAAACCUUUUCAGAAUCAUGGCAGAGGGGCAUGGCGUGGUGCUACUGAGAAGGUCCUCCUUCCUCUUGACUUUGUGGUCUGAAACCUGGUCUUACUGUCCAUGUGUGUUUGGGCCCGGAUGGUCAGGGUGGGGAGCAGGGACUGCCAAGGGCAUGCCUGGCCACACUUUACCGACUGCUGACCCCCUGGGCGAGGUGAGGUUGGGGCCUGUGGACCGCCAGUCCGUACGGUGCUGUCACCACCCAUCUUCGGUGACACCCUGGGGUGAGGUGCUCAGCACCUUCCUCUCGAGGAGCCACAUUUUCCUCCUUUGUGUUAGGGGACAUAACAAGCUCUGCUGGGCUUGAGGGACCCAGACCAGGUGUCUGCAGUCAGCUCCUGAGACACGGCUGGCUGGCACAACAGGUGUUACAUCAGGGGUUUCCUGUGGCCGUUUGGACUUUGAGCAUUUAUCUAAAUUAAAUUGGCCCAGGGUUGGCUGGUGGGUCACCCAGCAGAGGCUUCUCCCCAUAGCACGAGGAUGCGUUGCCUGGGCACGGUGACUGCGGUUAUUCCUGGAGGUCGGCAGACAUACCAACCUUGGGCUAUUUGAGCUGGAGAAGCUAUGUGAUGCUAGCCGGUGGCUUUCUGGGCUAGGCCCCAGUUUGAGGCUCCCCUGGGAACUAGAGUCAGGAACAGCCAGUGGCACUGACAAGGGGACGGAGUCCAAGGCGUUAUUGGGCCACCUGACAGCUGGACAGAAAAGGGGCAGACGCACCGAGGAUGCGAUUUAAAAUAAAUGCAGAUGUUUACUUGGAA